AUGUCAGCGCAACCCACCCAGGAUAGUUGCGGAUCCUGGUCAUGCGAAGACUCUGACCAACAGGAACUGAGCGCCAUCAUAGCCAGCUUUAAAAUGGACAAUUAUGGCGUCAUCUCAUUGGGAAAGGAUGGUAUUCUGCGGUCUCUCACGGCCGAGCGGGACGUUAUCGGCGCCGCGCCUCUCCGCCCGAGCCUCAUCGCAGCGUUGCAUGCCAGGUUCCCGAAGGAGUACGCUGAAAAAUACCUCACUGCAGAAUGGGAUGGGGUCGAUGGAUUUAAGACUCCUGAAUCAGCUUGGUACAACCCCGACAAAAGCAUCUUGCCCGCACCAUUGAGCGAGCUGAAAAAGAAAGAAACUAUCGAGGAGUUGGAGACACUGAAGAAACAGGAGUCCCAAACCUCUGGCCAGCAACAUGAAGGAUAG